AUGUUUCUUCCUUGUUCUCUAAAUAAUAAAAUUAUUAAAAGUAUCAAAAAAAAAUUCGUUACAACAGUAAACAUAUUCAAAAACAGUGGAGAUUUUAACAAAGAAAAUAAAAAUGUAAAAAAUGUCUACGAAGAUUACGAAGUAUUAAAAAACAUAAAAAAAAAAAAUACCUUGAAAAAUUCAUUAAAAAAAUUUAGAGAAAUAGUACAGAAAGAAACAAAAAGAAAAGGAUAUAAUUUUUAUUAUGGAUGGCCACCCUUAAAUAGAAUAAAAAUUACAGAAGAUGAAAAA